AUGAAGGCCGCUGCCGGGAUGGCUGGCCAGCCUUUGAGCCCGCGCAAGGCCUCGCCGCACGCAACGUCUCCAAGCAUGGCCGACGCAACACCACGUCGACGUCGCGUCCUCCCCACCAUCAAUGCGGCUGUAUUAGCGUCCCGCAAUCCCGUGCGCGGUGAUCCGCGCUUGGGUCGAGGCUUGCCAACUCCAGAGCAUCCUCGCCAUGCGGCUUGCCUUAAAGUGCUAGCCUUGCUUGAGCUCUAUGCUUUUCGCCUUGCUGCUAUUGAUUGUGUGUGUGUGUGUGUGUGUGUGUGUGUGUGUGUGUGUGUGUGUGUGUGUGUGUGUGUGUGUGUGUGUGUGUGUGUGUGUGUGUGUGUGUGUGUGUGUGUGUGUGUGUGUGUGUGUGUGUGUGUGUGUGUGUGUGUGUGUGUGUGUGUGUGUGUGUGUUUUUGGGCACCAUCAAAGAGCCUCUUGGUGACGACAUUACUCACCGUCGAUCUGCGCCUUCAUGCUUGGAUAAUGCCGCCAUCCGCGGGCGCCGGCUUGCUUCGUCAGCGUUACGUGGCCAAUCUACAGCUUCAAGAGGCAACCAUGACCAGCUUGCUGGUUCCUGACCCCAUCAUCUUUGACAUUACCCAGGACCUGUGUCAAAGGCACCAGCAAGCACUUCACGCAUCAUUUUCAGAGACUCAUCUGGCAUAUGUGCGAGGCAUGGAUGGGCUCUUGGGCGCUCUGGCAAGCCUUUUAAUGACCACCUGUGAAGUCCUUCUGGCUGCCACGCCUGAGGAGCACCCCGAUGCCGUCCUGCUACCGCGGGCUCUUCUUCAAUUGCAGGAUCUUGCUGCUCGCGCCCAGGUCACAAAAGACACAGUCCUCAAGUCGGGACCAGGCCGGCGUGACUCCGACGCCCCCCUGCCAAAGAAUGCUUCGUGGCAUCAGCGCUCCCACUCGGUUGACCUGCCGUCCGCCACCUUUGGAUAUCCCACACGCUCCUUUUCGGGUCGUCGCGGAUCUUCUCGAUCAGGCUCGCGCACCGAUUCCUUCAUCAGUGCCACCAGCGGUGACCUAGACGCUGAUUCCUCGCCCGUCGUCUCGCGGGCCAUCCCGCUGGACCUGCCACCGCUUGACCAACCGCUUUCCUUAAAUGCCGGUGCCACACAAAUGCAUGACAUGGAACCGGAUUCUGCCCCAAUGGAUCCUACCGUACCCCUUCGACCGCGGCGCGCUGCUGGUGAUUCCGCGGAUCGUCGCUCCUGGUCUAAUUGGUUCAGGCGUGGAAAGCGAGCCAGCUUGGGGGCUGACAAAGCGGACAUCGGUGGCCCCGUGGGGUUUGCCCAUGUAGUGCACAUGGGCCCCGAUGCGGUCGUGCUGGGUGAUCUUACGGCCUCGGCCAAGCAUGAGCUGGAGGCACGGACAAGCCAGGGCCCGGGCCAGGGCCGGGGCGUGCUUGGUCGCGUGGCCGCGGCUUCCGAUCGUCAGAAUGAUGAGGUCGUCACCAAUGCCGGCAUGCCGCCUCCUCCAUUGAGCAUCCCUCCGACUUUUCCAACGACUCAUUCUGUGUCGACAAGGCCUGAUGCCCUCACCGGCCCUGGCUAUCCACACAUUCCAGGCCGUGAGGAUGCUGACGAUCUUGAUGCUGCCCUCGUCUAA